ACACAUCGCAAAGGUACAUGUGAUCUCGUGAAGUGCUGUCCCAAUCCCAAAUACCUAUCUGAGCCUAUGUGGCCUCACACACUCACUCACUUAGCACCUGAGAUCAAUUAAGUCUGUGAGUCUUUAGUUCUUAGUCUUUAGGGCUGACAUUGGGAUUGGGCCAUUACAGGUUACUAUCCCAUUAUCUGCUAUACUGUAUAGUACCACAGCCCCACCUCUAGACCAAAGCAGGAAGAAGUGAAACUAAAUGAGCUCAAUACGACUGAUACAGGAAGUUACUCGCACCGGCUUGCAAGUUUGUCAAAAUGCCACCCACAAAUGGUCACAACCAGCAGGGGAAAAAAGACAGAGACUUUGCUGGGAGGAAACUGAAGUCACUUCCCAAGUCAAUUUUUGAUAACAGCGAGAUCAUCACAAAGGUUGACUUACAGCGCAACAGACUGAAACAGGUCAGUGGGAUUUCUCAGCUUGUUAACCUUACAGAGCUGAUUCUGUCCAGAAAUGAAUUGGCAGAUUUUCCUGAGGAGAUUGGAAAACUCCAUCACUUAAAGACAUUGUACAUCAAUCAAAACAUCAUCAAGUGUAUACCUGAGAAUGUUUUCCCAAGUCUACAACAACUUGAAUUUCUCAAGUUAAGCACCAACCGCUUAACAGAGCUCCCGUCUGACAUCAACCAGUGCCAAAGCCUCAAUUACCUGAAUGCAUCAAACAACUACUUGAAGGAUCUGCAAGCCCUGGUGGGUGUUCCAAAACUUCAGAAUUUGUAUGUGGAAAAUAACAGGUUGACAGAUCUCCCUGAGGAGUUAUUUACGAAUCUGAUCAUGUUCAAGGCCACUGGCAACCCACUUAGGAAGCCACCAGAGGACAUCUGUAUUGGUGGCUUAAAAGACAUUCGCUCCUAUUUCACAAUGUUAAGGGCCAGCUCAUCCCCAGUGACAGUCAAGACCAUCAAAACAAUGUUCCUUGGAUCAUCAAUGGCAGGGAAGUCCACACUCUGCCGCAGUUUUCAGAGUUCCAGUCCAGUGGAAGUGGAUGUAGCUGACAGGACUGUGGGCAUUGAAAUUGUCGAGGUAGAAAAAGGAGGUGUCCGUUUCCUCUGCUGGGAUUUUGCUGGACAAGAAGAGUACUACAUAACCCACCAUGUCUUCAUAACCCCCCAGGCAUUUGUCAUCCUCGCAAUUGAUUUGUCAAGCUAUGACCCCUCAAACCCCCAGUCGUUUGAGGAGCACGUCAGCUUUUGGAUUAGCAAUAUCCAGCUGCGGGUCCCUGACUCUGUGGUUUUACCAGUGGGAACUCAUGUUGACCGAUGUCGGGAUGAAAUGGACGUUGACCGCAAGAAAGAGCAUAUCAACAGUGAGCUGCAGAGAAUGCUAACUGAUAGGACAGCAAUUUUACAGGAACUGAAAAAGACGCUACAGGAAUCAGACGACCCCUCGCUUUACUCAGACCAGAUGAAUGACCUUAGUAGGCUUACACACUACAAGCUAAAGGUACUUGACCUUCUGCUUGUUGACUGCACCAAACCGGAAGAUAUUCUGAAGUUCCAAGAUCACACUCUGAAGGAAGUCACAAAUAAGGAAAACUUUCCAAGCAUUGAGAGGACACUACCAGGGAUCUAUCAAGAAGUAGAGAAAAAGAUUCAAGAUCUCCUCAGUGAAGAUGACAUACCUCAGCAUGAAAUAAAGAAGUCUUGGCAAAUGGUCCGAGAGAUCAUGCGUAAGAUGGAUCAGCUGGCCCAGGAGUGGCCUGGCCUAGUCCAACAUGUCCACAGUCCCUGUAAGGAGUUUGGCUGCUCUGGAUACUUUCGGUGGGGAGAUUGGAAAGACUGGGAAGAGUCCUCUGGAUCGGCAAGAGUGACAGCACAAAAGAGGAAAAAGUGAUUUGUCGCAAUGGGCAUACACGACGGAUCGAGCUGAUUUAUCCCAAAGGACUGUUCAACUCUGAUUCUACGGAAUACCAGGCUGCUUGAGCAUCAUCAACAUGAUCUGUUUAGGUACAAUCUGAAAUGAAUAAUGACAACCACAAUGAAUAUUAAGUCCAUCUGUCACAUGAACUGUGUCUAAAAUCUAUUAUGUCUGUAAUUUGUUGUGACCUUAUAAAGUACACUAUGUUUAAUGUAUCACUAAAAAUUAGAGAAGACUGUAGAAUGUCAUCAUUUGUCCGUUAAAUUAUUGAAGAUUGUCUUAAUGAAAAAACAUGUUUUGUUGUGAAUUAUUUCUAUGCUA